UCUUAUCUCAUUAAAUAUUCAGUUGUAAGCCGUAGGAGAUUUCGCAGCCUUAAGAUUUUGCUAUUUCUGGUAGUGAUCUUCUUUAUCUGGCUCCAGCUCCAUGACUAUAAUCCCUCCAGUCCGAAUGUGAUAACUCUGGAGUCAGCCAACGACUCGGCACUCAUCCUCAGCAUGAUACCCCGGAAACUCCACAAGUUCCUGACGGCUAGACCGAAGAAUGCUAGCUUGGAAGAAGGAGAUUUGAUGCCUGAGGAAAUCCUGAUGAACAUCCAUAAGUACAAUGCGGCACAAACUAUCAUCAAUGAAGAUAUUUUCGGUCCAGUUCAAAAUGACACUGUAAUUAUUUUUAUCCAGGUUCAUACAAGGAUUGUUUAUUUACGGCACCUCAUCGUUAGCCUAGCUCAAGCUAAGGGUAUUGAAUCAACAUUCAUAGUAUUCUCGCAUGAUUUUUACGAUGCAGAAAUGAACGAACUCGUCCAGAGCAUAGACUUUGCAAGAGUCAUGCAAAUAUUUUAUCCGUACUCCAUUCAAACGCAUCCAGAUACGUUCCCUGGAAAAUCUAAAGGAGAUUGUCCGAGAGACAUAGAUUAUAAGCAGGCUCAAAUAUUGAAGUGUACGAGUGCUGACCAUCCAGAUCUCUACGGCCAUUACAGAGAGCCUGAAUUCGCUCAGAUAAAACACCACUGGUGGUGGAAGGCUAAUAGAGUUUUUAACGAGUUACGAAUUACUAGAAAUCACACAGGUCUGGUUUUGUUCCUCGAGGAAGAUCAUUACGUGGCUGAAGACUUCCUUCACGUUUUGCUUCAGAUGGAGAUAGCAUGCAGUACGACUUGUCCGCAGUGUAACAUAUUAUCACUUGGAACCUAUCUCGAGACUUACAAUGAAUAUGGUGAAAACAAAAAUGCUGAAGUCACCCCAUGGUUCGGGUCCAAACACAACAUGGGAAUGGCAUUUAACAGAUCAGUUUGGGUCCAAUUGCACAAGUGUUCGGAACACUUCUGUUCUUACGAUGAUUACAACUGGGACUGGAGCCUCCAGCAAGUGUCAGAGCAGUGUCUGGAAUCGAAGUUGAUGGCUCUGGAGAUGAAAGGUCCUAGGGUGUUUCAUAUUGGAGAGUGUGGUGUUCAUCAUAAAAAAGCUAACUGUGAAAGUACAAUUGUUAUUUUCGAAGUGCAGAAAGCCCUUGCUAAUGCUAAAACCUACCUUUAUCCUAAUCAACUGAACCUCACUUUUACUAUCAUUGACAAGAAGAACAAGUUAAGAAAAGGAAAUGGUGGCUGGGGAGAUAUACGAGACCACCAACUAUCAAAUCCCUUUAUAGUGUAUCCUACAAAUCCUCCGGCAGUGGAAUCGAAUAACGAAUCUCCACAACGGGUCUGGAGAUCCAGGCAAUCUGGAAUCUGCGAGUAA